GUUUGGAUUUUGGUUUGAAUGGGCUUCUGCAGCGACCGAGAUAACACGCGAGAGACAAACAAAUAAUAUUAUGUAGCGACGACAAUGGCCGGUUUAUCUAACCUGACGGGGUUAGACUCUGAUUCGUCGGGAGAAAUAGACUCAUCCGUCUCCUCAGCGAGCAACAAGAGUUUGCGUUUGGCGGAAAAAGAAAAAAGGAAAGGCGAGGCGGAUCCUUUUAGCCUCGCGGUGAAAUAUCUUUCUCAGGUGGAAGCUGGCACAGUAGUCCGUGGGAAUGAUGAACUGGAGAGGAACAUGGUGGUUGUGGAGACAGUGGCCCUCAGUCACGGUCUGCAUCCAGAGGUUAUCACAAUGCUUCUUGACAUGGCUUUAAGCCUCAAUGCAGGUGCUGCAAACUGUACCCGAGUGCUUAAAUUUCUCAUACCUGCCACAUCGGUGCCACAGGAGGCUAUUGUGAGAGGGGUGUCAUGGCUGUGUGUAGGGAAAAUGCCAAUGAAUGCACAGGUUCUCUUUGUCCGCUGGGUACUCACUGUUUUUGACCUGAUUGAUUGCAAAGACAAUUUGAGAUCCAUUUAUGGCUUUAUUUUCAGCUUUGUGACUGAAGAAAAUCUGUGCCCUUUUAUUUGCCACUUGUUGUACCUUUUAACUAUGAGAGAGCAUGUUCACCCAUACAGAGUGAGGAAAUUACUGGAUGUGCAGGCCAAAAUGGGCAGACAACCUUUCCUCACUCAACUUCUAGCGCUUUACAAAGUAUUCCACCCAGACUUAGUGAUGCUCUCUCUUCCAUCGAGAGUGAGGACUGGCUUCAAGAAUCACAACUCCACCUGGAAAGUGGCUCUUAGUGCUGUACAGAGGAGAAACAAGGGUGCCGUGAUGGUUGACCAGAGCCUGAGUUUGGGUGUGAAAGAGAAACCAUCAUCCAGAAAGCGAAAACUGCAUCACCUGGAAAUACCUCCUCUGAGUUCAGCGUUCGACAACAAUUCCAACAGGAAAGUGUUCGGCCUGCAGGAGCUCCAUUCCAUUAAACAGUUACUGGAGAACAUUCACAAUAUAGAGCUGCCUGCCCAGAUGGGUUCUCUGCUGGGAUCAGCUCUGGCUCUGCAAUACCUGGACUGUGUACAGGAUGAGUCUGCCUUCCUACGACUUAACUUUUGGCUUGGACACUCAUUACAAGAGGAGUUUUUACUUUGUCCUGUGGAUGGGAAAUCUGACAACACUUCCGAAGCCUGUCGCUUCCUGAGCACCAUCCUCUCUUCACAGCAGUUCCUGCAGGAGGGAUUCUCCAGCACAGAGAGUUUCCUUUAUAAGUUCUUGAGUGUGUGGGAUGGCUGUCUACUCCGGCCACAGAUCCUGGAUCUUCUCAGUGACAUCCCGUUGAUGCCCAGCUUCUACAUGAAAAAGCUUCUUUUUGAGCCACUGAAGCAGCUCUAUUUUACCUCCACUGUGUUUUUCAAGUGUAGUGCCAUCGAGUGUCUGAACAGCAUGCUUGUAAAGUGGCUGACAUGGCAUUCUGUCAGCGCGGUGGAGGGCGGCUUGGACAUCAGCCUCAACAGCAACAGCACCAUGACUAUGACCUUAUCUGGGUUCAUGGACUCAGUCAUGGAGCUGGUGCGCUUUGUGGGAAUGCUGGCAUCUGAGGGACUUCGUCUGGAGAACUGCCAUGUUCUGCUCCUCAACCAGACACUUGCCUUCUAUGAGACGGUGUGUGACAUGUUUGUGAAGUACAGCUUGCCUCUGAUCAUCAUGCCUCCGGCUGGCAUUUUCUACCCAGCUCUCUUUGCUACAGACUCUAUCAGUGUGGAUCGGCUCGGCUACAUCAUGUGCAGGUAUCGGAAAAAUCUGACCUUGGCUAAGAAACAAGAGCAGCAGAGACAGCAAACAUUUCACAUAAGCAGAAACACAUACAAAGAGUUUAACCGGAAUCUUCAAGCCAUGGUGAAUUCCAUGUGGAAUUCCUUGUGGUGCAUUCCUGGCUCAGACAUCGAGAUCGACAAUGAUCUAAUUGCUCUAAGCAAAGUAUCAGAACCCUGGUGUCGUUUCGACCUCAUCCACCACCCAGCGCUUUUCAGCUACGCCAUUGAAUUUAAUCAGAAGUGUUGGCCAGAGAGGAAGGACGUGGAUCUUAGUUCCAUAAAGGCUGGAAAGUACUGGAACUGGUAUAUGGAGUUCCUCUUUAAUCAAGGCUUUGAUGGACUUAACGACUUUAUUCGGACCAACACUGGCCACAGCGGCUCCUCUUUCAGUAGUCAAGAUGACAGGCAGCCCACAAGCCAGCCUUAGUCCAGGUGUCAGGGGGCUACACAAAGGCCUUUCGAUUUCUCUCUUUCAAAAGACUUUGUAUAUAUUUUUAAUUGUAUUCAGUAAGAGGACAGAAAGGAAUCACCAGAAUAAUUGUAAAUACUUCAUUAUAUAGUUUGUUAAUGUGCUUUUUUUUACUCAUACAUACCAUUUAGCUGUUUUCAAGUCUAGUGUUGUGUAAAAAAAAAAAAAAACGUUUUGCCUUUUAUCACAGAAAACUGUUGUACUAAACUAAAACAAUGAUAUUUUUCAUACUUGCAGGGGGAGAAAAAAAAAAGAGAAAAUUAUGUUAAAAUCUUUGAGUCUCUUCAUAUCUAUAAUGCUUUAUAGCCAUCUAAAAUACAAUUCUCAUUAUUUAUAUUGAUUUGAAACUGCUCAAAGUAUAUCUUAACAGUCUGUGUAUCUCUGACUAGUCACACAUUAAAACAAAUCCUUUGUUCGCAAAUCCAGCACAUGAUGUAAAGCAGUCACUUGAAGGUGUUUGACAUUUCACGAUCAUCUGUGCAGUUAUUAGAUUUAAUGCUUUAAAAUAAACUUGUUUGGGCUGUAAUUGAAUGCCUGCUAGUCUUUGUAGACAUUUGACACAAAGUGUGCGUAGCAUUAUAUCUAGUCACUGAAAAAAAAAAAAAAAAGAUUUUUUUAAACAAGACUGACUGUAC